AUGAGUUCAGAUGAACGUUUGGAUCAUUUGCAGGACGACAGAAAUGACGAUAUAGUAGCUGGCUCACCAGAAGAAACCCCGAAUCAGGAUUCGGAAGCACCUGAGGCGAUAGAAGAAAAUGCUAAACCUGAAACUGGUGCUUCUGGAAAAAAUAUCGAUCUCGACAAGGAUAUAGGCAGUGCAUCAGGUGAGUCUAAACUUGAUGAUAGUGAUAUUAGCAAUAAAGGUAUGGACAAACCAGAUUCUGAAGGAUUGGCUGACAAUGAUUCGAAAGUGAAUGAGGAGAGUGAAUUGCAAGUUGAAGAAGACAAGGAAGAUUCAAAUAUACCAAGUAAAAAUGAACCUAUGGAUGUGGAUGAAGUUCGGGAUAAUGAAGAUUCACAACAAGAAUCUGAUAAGGAAUCAAUGCAUAAUGACCAAUCUGAAAAGGACAAAUCCGAAGCAGCUGAAGACAAAGCAGACAGUUCGCAAGAAAAAGAUGAAAAAGUGAAUGGUGAAGAGGUCGACGAAGAGAAAAAAGAGAAAGAUGGAGAACAGGAUGAAGAAAAAGAUAAAGAUGAGGACAUGGAUGAUAAAGACGAUGAUAAGGAAGAUGAGGGCAUGGAUGAUAAAGACGAUGACAAGGAAGAUGAAAAGGAAGAUGAAAAGGAAGAUGAAAAAGAAGAUGAAGGUGAUGAUGACGAAGAUGAUGACGACAAGGCGAAAGAUGCCGAGAAUCAAACCCCAAUUAACCAGACACAUGCUAUAAUAUUACCAUCGUAUUGCAGCUGGUUCAACAUGAGCAAGAUUCAUAAGAUUGAAAAGGAAUCGUUGCCUGAAUUCUUUGACACCACCCACCCAUCAAAAUCUCCGAAAAUUUAUAUUAAUUACCGUAAUUUCAUGAUAAAUUCAUAUAGGUUGAACCCGAAUGAAUAUCUUACGUUGACUUCAUGCCGUCGUAACUUGGUUGGUGAUGUUGGAACACUCAUGAGAGUUCAUAGAUUUUUGAACAAAUGGGGGUUAAUAAAUUAUCAAGUUGAUCCUAAUUUCAAACCAGGUUACGCUCUUGAGAAAUUACCCAAUGGCUCUCAGAUUGGUUUGCCCUAUACUGGUAAUUUCCAUGUUACGUACGAUACCCCAAGAGGAUUAUUCCCCUUCGACACCCACAAAUUUAAUGGUGACCGUCUUGACAUUUCAAAACUUAAGAAACUAUUGGACCUUGAACAGGCUCCGGAUCAACCUAUAAACAAUGAGAUUAAGUCAUCUAGCGAUACCAAAGAUGUCGACAAUUUAGAGAAGGAGCCAUCUGAACCACCUCAGAAGAAGCACAAAUCUAGUAACGAUGGUUGGAGUGAUAAAGAAAUUUCAAAAUUGAUUUUGGGUGUAAAAGAUUUUCCAAAUGAUUGGUAUAAGAUUUCGAAAAAUGUUUCGACUAAGACUCCGCAAGAAUGUAUUUUAAAAUUCCUCAAAUUGCCGAUUGAAGACAAUUUUAAUAAUUUAACUGACAAAGAGUUGGGAUUUUUGAAAUAUUCAUCUAAUUUUCCGAUCAGUUCAGUUGAUAAUCCUGUUCUCAGUAAUUUGGCAUUUAUGACUCAAUUAGUGGAUAGUGAUGUAGCAAGGGCAGCAAGUGAAAGGGCUUGUAAAGUUAUGGAUAUCAAAGCUGUAGAAAAAAUUAGAAAGGCUUUUGGAGAAACAGAUCAAUCAAAGGUAGAUGGCGUAAAACAGGAAAACAAACCCGAAGAAUCUGAUGAUGGUAAAGCCACUGAUGGUUUAGAAAACAAACAAGAAGGUGCUAGUAAAAGUUCGCCAAAGAAGGAUAUGGAUACGGAAAUGAGUAUCGAUGAUGAUAAAAAGGAAGAGAAAGAUUCUUCUGCGGAUGAUAAUAAACAAAAUGAAGAAGUCAAAUCCAAUGGUACUAACGAGCAAAAUGGAAAUGUUGGUGGCACAUUGCCUAAACCUCAAGCAGAUAUUGAUUUGAUAGAUGAAUAUAAAAACGGAAACACCGAUCCUCUUCAAAUCAUUAAAGAUGCAUCAUCCAAUACAUUUGGAAUUGUUGGGGCAAGAAGUCAUUUGUUUGCUAAUUAUGAAGAGCGAGAAUUAAAUAAAUUAACGAACACAGUUGUUAAUAAUCAAAUUUCCAAGCUUGACUUAAAAUUGAAGAAAGUUGAUGAAUUGGAAAAAAUAUACGAGAAAGAAAGGAAGCAUUUGGCCAAACAACAAGAAGAAGUUUUUAUUGAUCGUUUGGCAUUAACCAAAUCAACUAUCCAUAUUACCAAGAAAUUAAAUGAUGCCAUUUCAAUGAUCCAGCAAAAGACUCAGGAUAUUGGCGAAUUAGGCGAUGUUUCUAGUAUCUUAGCAGACGUCCAAUCACUCCUUUACAAACCAAAUAGACAUUCUUUGAUUCAAAGCACAGUUGACAAACAAUCAAAUGAUACAAGUAAUAAACCAAAUAAUCCUUCUAGUGAAGAUACCGAGAACGGCAACAUAAAUAGUAAAAAUACUGCCGAUAGGGAAAACAAUAUUGUCAAACCAUUAUCAUUAGAUACGCCCCUGUCAUUCAAAGUUUGGGUACCAUAA